AUGCAUAAAUUCGUGACUCCAGAAACAUUUGUACACAAAGUUGAGAAUGAUUAUUUCAUCAAGAAGAAGCACAGUCCUGAUUUAAAAACGCAGGAAAAGAAAUAAAAUGAAUUGAAUUUUGAACUCUACCAAAACCUUAAAGAUUUGAGAAACAAUAAUUAAUUAAUACAGAAUAAACAAGGCUCACUUAAAAUCAUCAACCCUUUGAAUAAGUAAAUCAACAUGAUGGAAACCAAAAAAUAGCAGCAAGAGAAGAAAAUGAGGGAUACCCAAUUCGAAUUGAAAAAAAAGAGUAUGCUAAAUGAAAAUCAAUAAAAUUUACAAUCUGACUUAAAGAAUUUAGACAAAAUAAGUGUUAGCGCCUUUAAAGAUUUUAAAGAACAAGUUAAUCUUUAUAAUAAAUAUUAUAGCAACAGCAUUGGAUAGGAACCAGAAAUCAGUGACAUUCAGUAUGAGGACUUAAACAUUCCUUAUCAAUUUGUAGACAAUGGAAGUAGAUAUGCUUACAGAGAAAAAUUAAAUCAUGAAAUACCAGAAAUUAAUUAUUAGAAUAACCAAGCAUAAACCAUAAUUGAAACCAUUCCCUAAUUGAAAUUCUCGGAUGAACAAUUGGAGAACAAAUUGCUAAACAGAUUAAAAUAACAUAUUGUGGUAAGACAGUUAGAUUAAAUGGAAAAUGAUUAUUUGAUUGCAAUAAGAAAUAACGAUUUAUCAGGGCUAAAACUGAUGUUGAUUUCAGAUGAAACUUUCAUUCAGACAAAGGAUUUUAUAGGGUAAACAGGCUUGCAUUUGGCUGUCAAACGCAACUACUAUGAUAUAUGUUAAGAGCUGAUAAAUCAUUAGGUUGACGUCUUUGCAAUUGAUUAUGGAAACAGAACAGGUAGGUAAAUGGCAGAGAAGUACAAUUAUUUUAAGGUGGCGAAGUUAAUACAGAUGGAGGAGGAUUAGAUCAGGAGAAAUUUAUAAUCAUGA